AAACUAUUCUUCACAGCUUCCACACAUUUUUCACUCCAAGACCAUACUACCAAAAGAAAAACUAACACGGAGUGUACUGAAAGCAAGUUCAAAUUGAACUCUGAUAAUAGGAUGCAUGAUCUCAAAGCUUUUGAUGAAACAAAAGCUGGUGUCAAAGGCCUUGUUGAUGAAGGUGUUGUCAAAAUCCCAACCCUAUUUCAUCACCCACCUGAUAAGUUCUCAAACUCCACAAGUUUAACUAACACAGAACACAUCAUUCCUGUUAUAGACUUUACAACUACAAGGCAAGAUAUUAUAAACAAAAUAAAGGAAGCUUCUGAGACAUGGGGUUUCUUUCAAGUGAUUAAUCAUGGCAUCCCUUUGAAUGUUCUCGAGGAAAUGAAAGACGGUGUGGUUAGAUUCUUUGAACAAGAUACUGAAGUCAAGAAAAAGAUGUAUACUAGAGAUCAAACAAAACCGUUUGUUUACAAUAGUAAUUUUGAUAUGUAUAGUUCACCAGCACUUAAGUGGAGGGAUACUUUCGUAUGUAACGUUGUUCCUAAUUCUCCAAGACCAGAAGAUUUUCCUCUAGUAUGCAGGUGAGCUCUUGUUUGUGAUUUACUUCCUGAAAUUAUGAUAGUCAGUUAAUAUUCAAACACAAUCCCACAUAAUAUGAAAUCAUAUUAUAUGGAAUCCCUUACCCUAUGUAAUUAUAUUAAAUAAGGAAAACAAUGUCCCUAUAAUUUAUCAUGCCAACUCACGACAACACUCCCUCUCAAGUUGGUGCGUAUAUGUCUCCAAUGCCCAACUUGUUGAGUGAGUUAUGAAAAUCCCUUCCAGCUACAGCCUUUGUGAGUAUAUCUGCCAAUUGGUCUCCAGACUUGACAAAUGGAAACUGCACUAUCUUUGCCUUAAGUUUUUGUUUGAUAAAAUGACGGUCCACUUCGACAUGCUUUGUACGGUCAUGUUGAACUGAGUUUUGGGAAAUAGCAAUGGUUGCUUCUUGUCGCAAAAUAAAUUCAUCACUGAAAUAGGUGGAAAGCCGACCUCUGUAAGCAAUUUCUUUAGCCAAAUAAGUUCACACAACCCUUUGGCCAUACCUCUAAAUUCAGAUUCUGCACUGGAUAAUGCUACUACUUUUUGCUUUUUACUUCUCCAUGUGACUAGAUUCCCACCAACAAAGGUAAAAUAACCUGACGUAGAUCUCCUAUCAGUUGCACUCCCUGCCCAGUCAGCAUCGGUAUAUCCAUUGACCUCCAAGUGAUUAUUUUUAGAGAACAUAAGUCCAUUCCCAGGAGCUGAUUUCAAAUACCGGAUGAUUCGCAUUACUGCAUCCAUAUGAUCUUCACUUGGACAAUGCAUAAAUUGACUCACCAUACUCACUGCAUAGGCGAUAUCCGGUCGUGUGUGUGACAAAUAAAUCAAUUUACCAACUAACCUUUGAUAUCUCUCCUUAUUAGUGGGUUUUUGGUCUGGGUAUUCUCCUAAAUGGUGGUUCUGAACAAUAGGAGUGUCAGCAGGCUUACAAUCAAGCAUGCCAAUUUCUGAAAGCAAAUCUAAUACGUAUUUUCUUUGGGAUAGAAAUAUUCCUCGUUUUGAUCUAGCCACCUCUAUUCCAAGAAAAUAUUUGAGUCCUCCAAGGUUUUUCAUCUC